AUCUCCUUAAUCCCUACAUUCUUAUUGUUGAGCAUUCCUGAGUGUGUGUUUGGUUGUUUUAUGGUUUGUAGAAAAAAAAUUCAAAGUUUUAUGAAUCUAGUCAAUUUUGUCUUCUAUAAGUUCUUUAUAGAUGUUUUAUUUUUAUAAUUUUAUUUAGAUGUUAUGGUCACUUUAGAGUAUCCUUGUGUUAUACAUGAUGGAAAAGUUACCCAAAGUUCCCUCGCGGUCCAACUCUCCUGUCAAGAGUGGUCGCAAGGGGGACCACAAAGUACAGUUUUCUGACCAGUCUGACCUCCGACUCAGAGGUCAGAAAGUUUGUGGUAAGCCUCCUGAAGUCCCUCGGGCCCCACCAUACAGCCGGUCUGCUUUGGAUCGCCCCUGUAGUCGGGGUGGGGACUCCACAAAAUGGACAUCCUCUCUGGACCGUAAGCGUUCAGGUUCUCUUAGAAGCAAGACCUCUGAACGUCAGGCAAAAAGUGACAUUAGCAGGAGCCACUCACUAGACCGCAGAAGAGCUGAAAGCUCCCGGCGUGAAAGUGCAAGCCCAAGUCACUCCAGCACAGAGAGAAAGAGGAGGGACUGUGAAGGCAAAGAUAGCCAGAACAAGGAGAAGAAACCCAAAACAAAGACCACAGGGAUCUCUCACAGCAGGAGUUACUCGGGGGAACGUCCCAGGCUUCCCAACAGACAAAAGUUAACGCCACCCACUUUGAGUCAGAACUGGAAGAAUGAUUUAUCCAAAAAAGAGACUCUAAUCGAACAAAAAGUUGGUCUUCAUGAUGAUGACAAAACCACCAGCAAGUCCUUGGGGAACAUCCCUAUGGAGUGGGCAGAGCGCAUGAAACGCUCAACUUCGCGGAGCCCUCAAAGAAGCCUCAACAUGGGAGAUGGACACGUAAAAGAAGACAAGGAAAAUGAGAAGAAAGAAAAGACGAAAGGAGAACACAAAACUUCAGAUAAAAAGGAGAGAGGAAGAUCACUAAAGAGGGAGGCAGUGGUAGCAGGAAGACCGGCUACUUGCUGUUCAACUAUGCUAACCUGGAAGAUCCUCCCAAAGAUCUCACUGCCAAAAAGUACACAAUGUCCUACAAGUUUUCACAGGCGGAUUCCAAACUUAUUCGCUUGAUAUUGGAUGCACACGGAUUUACUGAAGUGGAUAGCAACAGUACUUUCUUUAAUCUAUACUGGGGGAAUGCCCACUUCAACCCAAAUGAAAUCAGACAGUUGCAGGACUGGCAGAAAGUUAACCAUUUUCCAAGGUCCUCAGAACUCACAAGAAAGGACCGGCUUUACAUGAACAUCAAACGCAUGCAGCGGCAGUUUGGGGUCAAGAUCUUUGACUUCAUCCCUACCAGUUUCAUUUUACCCACUGAAUACCGAGACUUCUGCGACACUCACCUGCGCGAAAGAGGAACCUGGAUUGUAAAGCCUGUGGCAUCAUCACAGGGCAAGGGGAUUUACCUGGUGAAUCAGGUUGACCAAGUCCCAGCAGAUGAAACUUCCCUUGUAUGUAGAUAUAUUGAAUCACCUCUUCUUGUUGAUGGUUACAAGUGUGACCUACGGCUCUAUGUAGGUGUAACGUCAUUGGAUCCUCUAGUCGUUUACCUUUAUGAGGAGGGACUGGUGAGGCUUGCAACUGUCAAAUAUCAGCAUGGCAAGAACCUCUGGAAUCCAUGCAUUCAUCUAACAAAUUACUCUGUCAACAAAUUCCACUCCAAUUAUGUUCAAAACGAAGACCCUGAGGUAGAUGACCGUGGCAACAAAUGGUCCCUGAGUGCCUUCCUGCGUCACCUCAAGAGCCAAGGCAUAGACACAGGGGCAGUGAUGCGCUCUGUUGAAGAUGUGAUCAUCAAAUCCCUCCUUGCAGCCUCUUACCAGAUGAACACUGCAACAAAUAUGUUUGUUCCACACACUAGAAAUUGCUUUGAGCUCUAUGGAUUUGACAUCCUCAUUGACAGCCAACUGAAACCAUGGGUGUUAGAAGUCAACUUAUCUCCGUCUCUCAACAUUGAUCAGCCUCUAGACUUGAAGAUCAAGUCAGCCAUGUUAGCAGACCUCUUUUCUCUUGUUGGCAUCCAGGUCUGCAAUCCUUAUACAGCCAAAGUUUCUUCGCGUCCCUCUAUUUUCCGCAAAUUGCCGUCCUUGCUCGGCCUCAGGCGUUACUCCACGGAUGUGUAUGAGAGGAACCAGUAUGGUCGAAACACUCCCAUAGUGCCAACCGCCGAAGAACUGCGCAUUGUACGCCAGGUUCGUGAAGAGUAUGAACGACGGGGUGGAUGGGCACGGAUAUACCCUUCUCCUGACUCCUGGGCCCUCUAUGGGGGCUUGCAGGAGUAUGAUAGUCCGCUCAACUUGAUCCUGCACUAUCACCUGUAUCCUCAGAUCCAGCGGACAAAUAGAUACAGCCGUGUGGCGCCUGGCAGAGUGUCCGGUGUGUCUAGUAGUGGGCUAGCAUCAUCCCUUGAGCGGCUAAGCUGUUAUGAACGGGGUUUACCCAAGAGCCUCUCAUUCUUCAAGAACAAGAAAAACCUUGGUUCACACAAGAAAGAGGACAAAUCACUCUGUCGCGACAUGAAGCAAGUCAAAGCCAACAUCAUGAAAGCUUUGGAGAAUGGACUUGCGCUCAGCAAGUACCAGGCACGCAUGGCAUUUUCUGUGUACCUACAACAUGUUCAGCGUCGACUUAUGAUAGGUUGCGAUGAAGAAAAGCAGACGGAUCUUGUGUAUCGUUUUCUGAAGUCAGCAACACGUACUCUUCAUGCUCCUCUGAAUAUUCAGAAUCCAAGUAAAAGCCUGCCGUCAGAGGCUCGUGCUGUUGUCAUCUCCAAACAGUUAGGUGACUUCAUUCAGGCCUACACCAAGGAGACGCACAUAUACUUGGAUCAAGGGGCAUCCUCUUCUUGCUCCUCCCUAUCCUCCCAGUGCCCCACCUCAGUUGCUACUUCCUCCGAGCCAUCCACACCAUAUGUCACAUCUCCGCCAUCCACUUCUACACUGUCCAUUAACUCUCCAACUGCUGGAUCCAUGAGUGCCUCAACUUCAUCCAUCAACAAUGCACCCCUCUCUGUCUCUGGCUCCACAACCUCUGUCAACAUCCAGCCUCCUGGAGCUGACUCGGGUGCAACAGCAGAGGCAUCUAGCCCAGAGCACAUCAAAAAGUCGGAGUCCUCAACUUCCAUCACAAGUCCUCCCCCUGUCAGAAAAUCCCAGUCCUCCACUGUGGUUUCUUUCAGCUCAUCGAUAACUGCUGAUAGUCCCCCACCUUACUGUCUCGCUGGCUCUACGACUUCCAUCAACAGCCCACCUUCCACUGCAUGCUCAGCUUCGUCUGCCUCAGUAGGCAGUCCGCCCUCAGUAUCUGUUACUGGUUCUUCCACGUCCAUCAGUUUCCCAUCUCCAUCAAAGACCCCUUCUUCUGUGUCCAUUUCAUCUCUCACUUCGACAACAGAUACAGGAGUUGAGAUCUCUACAUUACCUCCAAGAAUAAGAAGGCUCAAAUCAGAUGGUGAUACAGCUGUACCUCCUAUUGAAGGAGAUGGUAGUUCAAUGUCAACCAGCAUGGACUCAAGUGAUAUUCAGAAGCAGACCAGUGAAUAAGGAUGAUCACAUCACAAUGGAUUUAUACAGAGCUUUCAUGUCCAGUGCAGGGGAGUCUGAUCUGGAAGAGGUGCUGGCACUGCAGACUCGUUUGCAUAAUUCUGCAGGAGUGUUUCUUGAGGCAACACGGAGGUCCCGUUAUAGUGCCUCGUCACACUCAGUAUCCUCUCUGUCGUCCACCCACACGCCAGCCUCAUCCACAACUAGCUCAAGGCCACGCACUCCAAAUGCUUCUCCUCAUGGCUCACCCAGAAGAAGUCGGCGUUCUCCAUCUACAGGAAGCCAGCUGAGACAUCAUGACCCAGUGACAAGUGAGCCACAGCCACAGCCCCAGCAGGAUGAGCAGGUGGCCAAGCAAACUCAGCCACUUGCGACAACUGCCACACUAGCCUCCAGCACACCCUCAACCACUUCCUCACAUACUGCCACCUCCACUGCCUCCUCAUGCUGUCUGUUCGGCAAUAUCCUCAAAGCCAGUCUGAAAGGGACGAAUACUUCGUUCAUUUCAUGAAAUUAGGAAGAGGUAGUGCUUAACUUGGUAAUAGUGUGUCCUUAGAUAGACUUUUAGGGUUUAACCCCUUAUAUAUUUAUUAUUAUUGAUGUUGUUUAUAUAGAUAAUAUGAUGUU